AGUGAUAAUACAAUCUGUAUGAAGAUAUAUAAAUAUCUAUGUAAUUGACAACAUAUGGUAUCUGUUUAAUUCCCGGUUCUUCUACUGCACAAUGAAGGGUAUUUUUUACGUCUUAUCUUUUUUUCUACCACUAUUGGUCGCAGACCCUGUGAAAGACGAAGAUGUUUGUCUUAACAAGCUCUAUUUAGAUAAAGAUGUUAUGAAACCCCUACUAGAGCAAGUUAUUCAUCCAGUUGAGGAAAGUGUCGAUUACAACGCAUUUCUCGAGUGCUUUUGGAAAAGAAUUGGGUACAUGGAUGAACGUGGUGAUCUGUAUUGGGACGAUAUCAGGGUUGACUAUGAAGCUAAGUUUGGAAAAAGUGAUCAGUUGAUGCGUGUUGUUGUACAUUGCAAAAAACAACACCUACAGGGCAAUAACCAUGGCGAAACAGCUGUAAAAAAUCAGAAUUGUCUGAUGCAGGGUGCUGUGGACUAUCAUUUAGUGGGGUAGUUCAAAGAAUUACUAGUUAUACUUAUAAGUUAUUGCAGCAGUUUAGUAUAAUAAAGAUUAUUUUUAUGUGUUCUACCUAUAUAGUGUAUCCAAGGUAACACUGAACGGCAUGGAGAAAUCGGAAACCAUAAGAGAUAGACAGUUGG